AUGGCCGCCGAGGCUGGCCGGGGGCUCCCUCCGCCCUCUGCGGGGCCGGGGGCUUCGGACAACCUCUCGUACAUCCUUCGAAUUGGAAGGGCCCUGCUGAUUAGUUUUAUCAGAUCCCUGUUUCAGCAACAUGCAGAUGAUUUUCCCCAGGGGGCCUUGGUGGAACACCUGAGCGGGGAGGACACACUGAUGGAGCAAUUGGCUAUGGAGGACGCAUCGGAUUCUGUCCAGGUCUCACUUCAAGAAUUCAUGCUCCGCCUUUGGCGAGAGCUCAGCAGUAACCCAGAAAUCACUAGUAUGGUGCAAAGUGUCACCGAUAACAACCCGCUCAAAGUCCUGGCCGAAGUCUCCGAGACCAUGUUUGCCAACAGGAUCAACUGGGGCCGGAUCGUUGUCUUCUUCUACUUUGCAUACAGAGUAAUUGCCCAGUCUAGUUCCAGCUGGUUCCCUGAUGUCGUGGAUUGGGUCAUGACCUUCUUGCACAACCGCUUGGCUGCCUGGAUCCAGCAACAGGGGGGCUGGAUUGCUAUGCUGAACUACACCAUUCCUUCAAGGGGUAGAGAGAGACCUGUGAACACAUUCAGCUCUAUGGACUGA